AUGAAUAUAGGAUGGAAAGAGAAAUUUUCUGAUGGAUCGAACGCUGUUAUUUUUCUUCUAUAUAAUAUAGGCUCAAAUUCUAUUAAAACAAUUGCUCCAAGAUUUUUUGAAUCAUUUUCAUCCACAAAAGAUUUAUAUUUACAAAGUCAACAUUUAGAUGUUUUUCUAAAAACAAAUAUUCUAACAACACUAGCACUUUUAGAAACAAUUGAUUUCAGUAAUUCUUACAUAACGGAUAAUAAUCAUCAAAUAAUCAUUGAUUAUGUACCAUCACAAAUGAAAAAUUUAAAAUCAAUUGAUUUAUCUUACACAAAUCUAACAGAAAAAAUGGUAAUUGAAUUAUUAAAAACAUUAUCUAAUUCCUCAAUAAAUUCUGCUAUCAACGUUCGCCUACUAGGUUAUCGGUUGAAUGAAUCUAAUUUUUGUUCAUAUAUCGAAGUUGAUCGAAAUUCAUUAUUUAUUGAACUAGACAAUGAACAUCCAUGUAAUUGUGUUGUUGAUUAUUUCUAUCAACACUGUCAACAUAAAGCAGAUAAUAAAAAUUCAAAAAGCUUAUUAAAGAUUGAGAAAAGACAAAACACCGAUUCGCACUUCCUCAAUGUUUGUUAA